UUCACUUCAAGCUGUAGCUGUUCUCCGCCACAACCCUCUUUCUUCUCCAUUUCUUUUAGUCUCUCAGAAACAAAGUUCAAGGAAUCCCAAAAACGUUUAACCAAAAAAAGAAAAAAGAAAAUACAAUCUUCUUGAUUCUGAGUAUAUGUUUCUUGUGUUUGCUUGUUGCUUGGUGUUUGGGUGCUGAUAAAAUGUAGGAAAGCAAAGGGAAAUAGGUUUCUCCUUAUUUUGGAUCUUGAUCUUAGAAAGCUAGGAGUAAGGAAGCCUCCCAAAAGGCCUGAGUUUGAAGUUCCUACAGAGGAGGUUCUGAAAAGUGCAGAAUUGAAGAAGAAGGAUUUUUCUUGUCAAAGAUGAGUUUAAUAUCGCAAAAUAUUCCCCCCAAAAGUAAAGCUAAAAAGACUAAAAGGGAGGAUAUCAAUGACCUCUCCUCCAUGCAAGGGAAUGAAGAUGCUCAAAACGAAUAUUUGGAUGUUUCAAGGAUGAAUAAGAAAAAGAAAAAGAAAGAACACAAUGAAGAGAAUGAGAAGCUAGUAAUUGAGCAAGAAAGAGAAAUGAAGAAGCUUGAAAACUCUUUGUUUGGAUCUCUAUAUUCCCCUGUUGAGUUCGGGAAGGAAGAUAAGGAAGAGAUUCAAGACAAGCUUGAGAAAGGUUCUACUUUAUUCAUAAUGGAUCGUUCUGCAAAUAGCAUGCUUUCUGUUCAUGAAGAGGAUGCAGAAUUAUCAGAAAUAAGCAAUGACGAGCUAGAAACUAAGCAAAGAAAACCAGUCUGGGUGGAUGAGGAAGAGGAUAAAACCGAAAUAAAUAUUGCUAAAGUUAAUAGAUUAAGGAAAUUGAGGAAGGAAGAGGAUGAGAGUUUGAUUUCAGGUUCAGACUAUGUGUUGAGACUGAGGGCUCAGCAUAUUAAGCUGAACCCUGGCACAGAGUGGGCCCAAUUUGAUUCAAGGUCAAGGAAUGAUACAUCUUUUGAUGAUGAAUCAUCGGAUGAAGAAAAUGGGGCAGUACUGUCCCAUAAUUACAAGAAUGUUGAAGCUGUUGAAGAUAUCCUUCAAACAAAUGAAAACCUAGUUGUGAGGAGCAGCACUAAGUUGUUGCCUGGACGUCUUGAAUAUUCAAGACUUGUAGAUGCAAAUGCAGAGGAUCCUUCAAAUGCUCCAAUAAAUUCAGUUCAGUUCCAUCGAAAUGCGCAGCUGCUACUAACUGCAGGAUUGGAUCGAAGACUUAGAUUUUUUCAGAUUGAUGGCAAACGGAAUACCAAGAUACAAAGUAUCUUCCUUGAUGAUUGCCCCAUUCGAAAGGCAUCUUUCUUGCCUGAUGGGUCUCAGGUUAUUGUAGCUGGAAGGAGAAAGUUCUUCUAUAGCUUUGAUUUAGUGAAAGCAAAAGUUGAUAAAAUUGGCCCCCUGGUUGGCAGGGAGGAGAAAAGCUUGGAAGUUUUUGAGGUUUCCCCUGAUUCAAGUACAAUUGCCUUUGUGGGAAAUGAAGGUUAUAUCUUGCUGGUUUCUACCAAAACAAAGGAACUGAUCGGGACACUAAAGAUGAAUGGAACAGCUCGUUCUUUAGCUUUUGCUGAUGAUGGUCAGCAAUUAUUGAGCUCUGGUGGUGAUGGCCAGGUCUACCAUUGGGACUUGAGAACAAGGGCUUGCUUCCAUAAGGCUGUUGAUGCAGGUUGCAUAAACAGUACUAGUCUUUCAACUUCCCCAAAUGGAAAAUUGUUUGCAGCUGGUUCAGACAGUGGGAUUGUGAAUGUUUACAACAGAGAGGAGUUCUUAGGGGGCAAGAGAAAGCCUAUCAAGACCAUAGAAAAUCUAACCACCAAAGUGGACUUUCUGAAAUUUAACAAUGAUGCUCAAAUAUUGGCUAUUUCAUCUAGCAUGAAGAAGAACAGCUUAAAGUUGAUACAUGUUCCAUCAUUUACGGUGUUCUCAAACUGGCCUCCCCUCAAGAAGUCCCUACAAUAUCCACUAUGUUUGGAUUUCAGUCCUGGUGGUGGUUUCAUGGCCAUGGGAAAUGCUGGUGGAAAAGUUUUGUUAUACAAGCUGCAUCAUUACAAUCAUGCUUAAAAAGGAAUGUGACAUUUCAUUCCCACAUAUCAGAAGCAUCAUUUGACUGAGGCCCAAAGAUGAUCUGAUUGUAGCAUCUCUUUUCUUUUCUGAGAUUACCGGUUGGUAAGAUUUCAUAUUGUUAGUGGAUAAAGUAAAGCCUUGAAUUCUCUUUUUAUUUGAUUUGGUUAAUUGCAGUAACUCUAGCUUCUACUAGUAGUUGGUGGCAGAAAAGCUUUCUGCAGAAAUUUUGCGCUAUGACGACUUGUUUUUGUUUUGUUGCACCAUUUUUUUAAAUGAAAAUUUGUGUUGCUUUUAA